AUGAAGCUCGGUUCGAAGAAGGGUUGGAACUGCGCCGCACCCCUCCGCCUGAGGGGGAAAUCCGCCGCCCGCUUCUGUAUGUUCCCGAAGGUGCGCUCAGUGGGGCAGACUUCCGGCAACGCUCCGGUUUAUCUCAACGUCUACGACUUGACGCCCGUGAAUGGCUAUGUCUACUGGGCGGGAUUCGGCAUCUUCCAUUCAGGCGUGGAAGGUAAUCCAGUUCGUCUUCUUGGCCCCGUUGAACCCUAAAUUUGUGAAGACUGGCACCCAGAGAGAUCAAAAGAGAAGAUAUUCAGAGACGACUCUGCAUACUUUCAGGAGAUUACGGAGCUUCAUCACUAGCACCAGCCAAAAAAACGAAACUUGUUGAGAUAACCCAUUGUAGAUAUCAUGGGUAAUCUUUUUAGAUCGUGGGUUCUUGCUGAUGAAAUCCCAGUUCUCUGCUAUGAAAAUUUUAUUGAAAGCUCUGCAAUAAAUGGUGGAGAUCCCCCUCCUUCAGGUGGGGUAAAGUCUUCUAUUCCUCCCAUUAUGCAGCCCUGUUUCUUCUACAUUAAUGUAUAGGCUAGUUUUUCUGAAUUAUUUUCAUUUAUUUUUCAUUCAAGAUAAUCUCAGAAAGGCAAAUGCUGAUGAAAUUCCAGUUAACGUGGAGAAUACAAGUGUAGAAGAAAACGAAAUAUAAAACCACCCCAGCCCUCGGGGAUCUCGCCUAGAGCACCCCAGAGAGACGAGGAAAACUCCCAGCCCAUUCAAACGUCGGCUGUCUCCAUUUCCCCCCGGCCCCUGCGACGAAAUUUAGGAGAUUUGUCUGAAUAUCGCGGAACAGAGAGCUUGGAAUUCGAUUAGUUCUCUAGAUUCUUCAUAAUCUCUGCUUGUUUUAGUUAUUCAAUCAUACAGUGUGCGUAAGUUGCUCGCCCCCUCUUUUCUGACCUCCAUGGUUCUUCUCAGUUCAUGGCGUGGAGUAUGCUUUUGGAGCGCACGACUACUCGACAAGCGGGGUCUUUGAGGUCGAGCCGCGGCAGUGCCCGGGGUUCAAGUUCAGGAAGUCGAUAUUCAUGGGUACGACUUGUCUGGAUCCGGUCCAGGUCAGAGAGUUCAUGGAGCUCCACUCGGUGAACUACAAUGGCGACUCCUACCAUCUGAUCGUCAAGAACUGCAACCAUUUCUGUAACGACGUUUGCUACAAGCUGACCGGGAACAGGAUUCCGAAGUGGGUGAAUCGGCUCGCGAGGAUCGGUACGGCCCUUCUGGCUUUGGUUCGUCGUGACCGCGUAUGUUGCUGCUGUUCAAUCGAUUUAUGUCCUUGACGAUCGGAGCUCCCUGAAUUAGUAGAAACUUGUCUGAGUUUUUUAUUCUUGGGGACGAAGCUCUCUCUGUUCACUCUGCUGUUGAUUUGAGCAGGUUCGCUGUGCAACUGUCUGCUGCCCGAGGCGCUGAGGGUUUCAGCGGUGCAUCAGGAACCCGGGUUUGGGGAUUUCGAAGGCGAGAAAAGGAGGCUGAGGAGCGCUUUCAGUUGCCUGUCGUCCAUCUCCAUGCGCCAGCGGCAGCUCUCUGCGUCUUCUCUCUUCCUGCACUCGCCUCUGAAAGGGUGUCUUCCGCCAUGGGAGUUGAGGAGGUCCAGCGACAACCUUGCGUUGAAGGAGCGGUGA